AUGUCUAUUGGUAUAGCUAUCAUCGGCAGCGGUAUCUUCGCCAAAGAAGAACACUUACCCGCUAUUCAAGACACACCGUCAUUGAGCUUGAAAGCGGUUUACUCGCGGUCACUCAAAUCGGCAAAAGCUUUAUCGGAGAAGCUGUCCGACGUGGAGCUCUACAGCGACGACCAAGAUGGCAAAACAUUCGAAGACUUACUGAAGAGGGAUGAUGUAAAGGGUGUGGUCAUCGCACUACCAAUCCUAGCUCAACCAGACUACAUCAAGAAAGCCCUCGCAGCCGGCAAACAUGUGUUGGCCGAGAAGCCUAUCGCGAAAGACCUAGCCACCGCCCAAGAGUUACUCUCAUGGACCCAGGAUUCAUCCAAUACCUCUGCGACCUACACUGUAGCAGAGAACUUCCGCUUUAUAGACUCCUAUGUCUGGGGUUCAGAGCAGAUCGCUUCUUUGGGCCGCAUUCUUACCUUCCGCGUACGUGUUGCUGCUAUGGUCCAGGCAGGCAGCAAGUACUACGAGACAGAAUGGCGUAAGAAGCCUGACUACCAAGGCGGCUUCGUGCUUGACGGUGGUGUGCAUUUUGUGGCUGCGACCCGUCUUUUACUACAAGGCGGUGGCCAGAAAAUCAAGAGAGUCAGCGCGUUCACUGCACAGCUCCAGGAGCAUCUCCCCCCACUUGACACUGUCAAUGCUACAAUGCAGCUCGACAAUGGUUCGUCUGGUACCCUCUCGAUCAGCUUCGGCACAACCGACACAGGGUCUGAGUACCUCAUUGCAUGCGAAAAGGGCUCAGUACACUGUGCUCGUGGCAAGGUUACCAUCACCAAAGACGGAAAGGAUCCAGAGACGAAAGAGUUCCCAGAUGAGGGCAAUGGAGUGAACCAGGAAAUCAAGGCCUGGGCCAAGAGUCUAGAGCAAGGAAAGCGGAACGAGAUGCAAAGUCCUGAGGAGGCACUGAAGGACCUGGAGAUCUUGGAGAGCUGCUUGAAGAGUGGUGAGCAAGGUGGUAAGCCGAUUGAUGUUAAGCAGUAG